UACGUGGGGAUCUAUAUAACCCGCCCCAAAGGAACUACAUUUAGAAAUACAAAAUUACAUUAUAUAAGUAAGAUACGAUAACAACAGUCUAAAAUUCCGGUAGGUCAUUUCCAUAGCUACCGGUGCCGUACUGAUACCCUGACGGACCCUAAUAUCCAGUUCCUCCUAAAACAUGAGUUGAACUAUCAAAUUGAUAAUCACCGCUAUUUCUGCUAAUGAUUUGUUGUUUUUUCCUCUCAAAAAAUGCACGUUCCCUUACAUCAACAAUCUUACUCAAAUCAAUUGAUAAUAUUUCUCUAUCCUCACGAUCACGCUCAAGAUGAAAUUGCGCACGUUGUUGAGCUAAUAGUUGAUUGCGCUGUUUUAAUUGUAACAGCUCGUUGAUCUAACUUUUUCUUAUCGCGAAAGAGAAGAAGGUAACUCUAGACUUUGGAAUGAUUACUUUUCUGAGACUCCCACAUAUGGAGAAUCUAUUUUUCGUAGAAGAUUCUGAUGUCGUAGGAAUCUAUUCAUUCGCAUUGUUAAUAGAGUAGCAGAUCAUGACAACUUCUUCAUACAGAAGAGAGAUGCAACCGGUAAAUUAGGUUUAUCUACCUUGCAAAAAGUAACAGCUGCACACCGUAUGCUAGUAUAUGGAACAUCGGCAGAUGCAACCGAUGAAUAUAUUAGGAUUGGUGAGUCAACAACAAUAGAAUGUCUGAAGAGAUUUUGUCGAGCUGUUAUAGAGGUUUUUGGAGAAGAAUACCUAAGGCACCCUACUACGGGCGACAUUACACGUUUGCUAAAGAAAGGUGAAGAGAGAGGGUUCCCAGGAAUGUUAGGUAGUUUAGAUUGUAUGCACUGGAAAUGGAAAAACUGUCCAACUGCUUGGGCAGGACAAUACUCAGGACGUCAAGGAAAGCCAACAAUUAUUUUAGAAGCAGUAGCGUCAUAUGAUUUAUGGAUAUGGCAUGCUUAUUUUGGAUUGCCAGGAUCCAACAAUGAUAUUAAUGUGUUACAAUCAUCAAAUUUAUUUGAUAAACUUGCACAGGGUACUGCUUCUCCGGCUAAUUACACUAUAUUAGGAAAAGAUUAUGAUACAAGUUACUAUUUGGCCGAUGGAAUAUAUCCUAAAUGGUCGACUCUUGUGCAAACUAUAUCCCAACCCCAAGGACCAAAGAAGCAGUACUUUGCAGUCAUGCAAGAAGGAUAUCGAAAGGAUGUGGAGCGGGCAUUUGGAGUACUUCAAAUACGCUUUGCCAUCAUCAAAGGAUCAGCACGGUUUUGGGAUAAACGGGUGCUACAUGACAUCAUGACUGCUUGUGUAAUACUACACAAUAUGAUUGUGGAGGAUGAAUGUGAAGAAGAACUAGAUAAUGUUGAUUCAACUCAACCUUCAAAUGCUGACGAGAUGGAUGACAAUGACGAUGAAAGAUUAAGAAGAUUCCUCGCUCGACAUAGGAAAAUUCAAGAUCGAGAGGCUUACUUUGAACUUCGGAAUGCACUCAUUGAACAUUUAUGGCAAAGACAUGGUAAUAGAAUGAUGUAAUUUUUUUAAGCUUGAUGUAUUUUAAAUUCUCUGUACUUCAACAUUUCAUAAUGAUAAAUUUGAAAUUAAUAUUAAAAG